AUGGAUCGCCAAAUGAUAGGAAGGAGCCGUGGGAGACCCCCUAGACAACACCCGGAAGCGGGUGGAGAUAGGGAACCCGAGGUCAAUCAAGACCAAGGGCAAGAGGGAGUGGCCGGAGAUCAGGUGGCCACCGCAAUUAACCGUAUCACUGAUGUCUUGGAGCGCUUGACGGAGCAUCAAGCCUCUGGGCCAGUGCACCGCCAAGGAGGCCCAGCCGAUUCUGAGGAUCGGGCACUGGAAAGGUUUCUGAAGUUUGGACCUCAUAAGUUCUACGGAGGACCCGAACCUGAGAUAGCUGAGGGAUGGUGGGAGAGAAUCUCCGACAUCUUCGCAGCUUUAAACUACACGGAAGAGCGGCAGGUAACUUUUGCCGCAUUCCAGUUUGAGGGAGCUGCUCGCUCCUGGUGGAAUCUGAGGGAGGAUGACUUCAUAAAAUGUAAGCAAGGGGCGAUGAGCGUCGCCGAAUAUGAAGUCCAGUUCACAAAGCUAUCCCGUUUUGCUCCUGAAUUGGUAACCACGGAGCAAAGGCGAGUCAGAAGGUUUGUGCAGGGUCUGAAUGUAGAAAUACAGGAAGGUUUAGCUGCUGUGAGGAUAGAUACUUUUGCAGAUGCCGUCGAGAAAGCCCAGAGAGUUGAAGUAGCUAGGGCUCAAGUGAAAUCUUUUCAGGCUAAGAAAAGAUUUGCUCCUAACAGUAGUCGGGAGCCGACAUAUGGGAAUGCUCCACCGACUAAAAUGGGCCGAGGAACCAUUGGAGUGAAUAGUCCUGGGGCACCACGAGGCGGCCAAGCAAGAGGAAAUGGGGCCAGGAAUGCAGGAGGACAGAAUAAUGGAACCAGAAUGGGACCGAUUGGAAGGGGACAACCUAGGAAUACCUCGCAAGGAGGUCGAGCAAUAGUUCCCCAAAUGAAUUGUGCAUUUUGUAAGAAACCUUGCCAUACUAUAGAUGGUUGCUGGAAGAAGCAAGGGAAGUGCUUGAGAUGCGGAAGUAGCGAGCACCAAAUUGCUGGAUGUCCAAAAAUGCAGGAAGGGAGUAAUCCAAACGCUAGACCAAACACUUCUGGAGGGAGCCGGCCAACAGUUCCUGCCAGGGUGUAUGCUAUAGAUGACCAACCUGUACCUGAUUCCUCGGAGGUCGUGGAAGGUACUCUCCCCAUUUUUCAUCGAUUAGCUAAAGUGUUAAUUGACCCUGGUGCAACUCAUUCAUUCGUAAAUCCAUCAUUUAUGUCUGGAAUAGAUGUGAAACCUGUUAGAUUACCCUUCGAUCUUGAGGUUAGGACACCAAUGGGUAAUAAGAAGAUAAUCGCUAGCUUAGCCUAUAAGAAUUGCGAAUUCUGGAUUGGAAAGCGUAAAAUGCUAGUGGAUCUAAUCAGUCUGGACAUAAAGGGGUACGAUGUUAUCAUAGGAAUGGAUUUCCUAGGCCAGUAUCAUGCUAAGCUUGAUUGCCGAGCGAAAGUGGUGGAAUUCUGUAUAUCUGGAGAAGCAACCCUGAGGUUAGAUGUUAAGGGUAGGUUAGCCUCAUCUGCUAUGAUUUCAGGGAUACGGGCAAGGAAAAUGUUGUCAAAAGGAGCUCAAGGUUUCUUAGCUUUCAUGAUUAAUGCUCCCAGUGAUCGAGCGAAGUUGGAAGAUGUACCAGUGGUACAAGAAUUUCCGGAUGUUUUUCCGGAAGAGCUUAAGACUCUACCGCCGGAAAGAGAAGUGGAAUUUAGGAUUGACUUGGUGCCUGGAACGGCUCCAAUUUCUAAAACUCCAUACCGAAUGGCUCCUGCCGAGCUAAAGGAGUUAAAAAUUCAAUUGCAAGACCUCUUGGAAAAAGGUUUUGUGAAGGAAAGUGAUUCACCGUAG